CUAUAUAAAAAUAAUGAAUAAAUUAUCAAAAUAAAGUUACCAUUUCAACUCUAGAUUGAUUUUGCAAAAAACAAACCUCCUCAAUAUCUUUUUUGCUACCACCUACUGUGGUCAAAUCCUUCCUCCAUCCUUUUUUCUCAUUUUUCCCAUCCAUUUUCCCCUUUUUACGUAAAAAAUUAAAAUUGAAAACAAAAACAUACAAAUAUCUCGAUAUCUUAGCCGUUUAGGAAUUCAAAUUUUAGUCAAUUAUUUUGCAAAAAUAAAAAGAGCAAUUUCCCACAAAAUAGGAGGGAAAUGAGAAGCAACUCAAUUUUCGGUGCAAAUCAUUUUUGAAACAUGAAAACAACCCCAAAUAUUUUAGAAAUAUUGACUAAACUCCCUUUCUCUCCCGUCCUCCACCUUCUCCUUUUCCCCUCUUCUCCCCCACUAUAUAAAAUAAAAUCCCAUCUCCAUGCGAAAAACAGAAAAAAAAAAGUAAAUAACAAGAACAUUCAUUCUUAGCCAAAAAUAGAAGCCAGAGCCGCCGAGGGGCCAAUUUCCCGCCGGGGAAUAAAAAGCAACAAGAAAAAAAAGCCGCCCCUACCGAGCUCUGCAAAUAAAACCCUAAAUUACUUCACAAAUUAUUAAAAAAAAUCAAAUUUAAUACAAUUAUUCCCACAUUUCCCCCCGCUCCACCAAGAUGGGCGAUGACGGCGACCAGAAGAAAAAGAUCGCCAUCAUGGGCGUCUCCUCCAUCCUCCUAGUCGCCAUGGUCGUCGCCGUAGCCGUCGGCGUGAACAACAACCCUAAAGACAGCGACGGCGGAGGCGACAAGGGCACGUCGACAAGCACCCAAAUCUCCACCACCUCGAAAGAAGUGAAAGCCCUGUGCGCCCCGUCCGUCUACAAGGAAACAUGCGAGACCAGCCUCUCGAAAUCCGUGGAGAACGCCACGGACCCCAAAAAAAUCGUGCAGGUCGGGUUCGAGAUCGCGGUCGAAUCCCUGAAAGACGCAAUGAAGAACUCGACCACAAUCAAAGAGGUCGCGCAGGACCCCAAGGCGAAGCGCGCCGUGGAGAUCUGCGAAGAUCUCAUCGAGACCGCCAUCGAUGACCUGAGGCGGUCUCUGGAUGAGCUGGACAAUUUUGACCCCAGCAAGGCCUACAUCCACAUCGACAACCUCAAGACGUGGCUCGAGGCCACCAUCACAUAUCAGGAGGUAUGUAGGGACGAGUUCGGGAACACCACGGGGACGUCAGGGGAGAAGAUGAGGGAGAUCCUCAAGCUCUCUGGAGAGCUCACAAGCAACGGUCUGGCCAUGGUGGAAGGGUUCAGGAAGAUCCUGAAGUCGUUAGACUUGAGCACGAUCAACAACAACAACCGGAGGCUGUUGGGCGCCGCCGGAACAACAGGUGCAAGCAGCAGCGCAAAAGCACACGGUCGGAGCCAGCUGAAUCAUCUGGCUCUACCACAGGAAACAGGAGUGGAUUUGGAUUUCCCGUCGUGGGUUACACCGACGCAGAGGAGGCUGUUGGUCAGGACGCCGGAUACCCUUAAGCCGGAUAUCGUUGUAGCUCAAGAUGGGAGCGGUCAAUUUAAGACCGUUGCCCAGGCGGUUCAAAGCAUUCAGAAGAACCAUAAGGUUCCUCUCAUUAUGCAUAUUAAGGCCGGCGUUUAUAACGAGCAGGUCACUGUUCCCAGGUGGGCUAAUGGGCUUAUGAUGAUCGGUGACGGUCCGACCAAGACUAAGAUCACCGGCAGGAGGAAUUUUGCGGAAGGGACACGUACUUCGGAUACUGCCACAGUUGUAAUACUGGCCCCAGGGUUCAUAGCAAAAGACAUGGGGUUCGAGAACUCGGCUGGAGCCAUCGGCCACCAAGCCGUGGCCUACCGCUCCCAAUCCGACAACUCCGUCGUCUUCAACUGCCAGUUCGAUGGCUACCAGGAUACCCUAUACCCACAAUCCAACCGACAGUUCUUCCGUGAUUGUGUCAUCUCUGGUACCAUCGACUUCAUUUUUGGGGUUGCUCGCACCGUCCUCCAGAACUGCACCAUGAUCGUCAGGAAGCCCUUGGACAACCAACAGUGCAUCGUCACCGCGGAAGGGCGGCAGGACCCGAACGGUGACUCGGCCAUUGUGAUCAUGAAUAGUCACAUCCUGGGCGACCCGGCUUACUUGCCCGUCAAGGACAAGCUCAAGGCGUACCUCGGGCGCCCGUGGAAGGAGUACUCGAGGACUGUGAUCAUGCACACCGUGAUUGACGGCAUUAUCGCCCCCGAAGGGUGGUUGCCGUGGCAGGGCGACUUGGGGCUCAAGACACUUUGGUAUGCGGAGUUUGGGAACACGGGUCCCGGGUCGGUUCAGACGGGUCGGGUCAAUUGGCCUGGAAUUAAGCACAUUGGGCCUGCAGAGGCUGCAAAUUUCGCCCCCGGGAAGUUGUACGUGGAAGGCGAUGAUUGGAUUACGGCUACUUCUGUGCCAUACACUUCUGGGAUGAAUAAAUAAGUAUUUUUUUGCUGAGGUUUUUUAAUUUGUUUUUUAGUGGGGAAGUGUAAAAAAAAAACGAAAGACACAGUUUUGUUAUUUUGUUUUUCUUUGAUUUUCUCUGUGGUAAUUUGACCACUGUAGGGAAAUUUUUGAUUGAAUCAUGUAUAGUUAUAAGUCAUUCAAUCGAACCGAAAAAAAGUGCAAAAGAAGUUUCAUUACCUACCUUUUUUUUGAAUACCUAAGUUUUUGUAUACUCAUUGUACUAAUAGUUUUUGAAUGAUAAGAUCAUAUGUGGCUCAUACAAGCGAAAAUGAAGCUUUUUUGUUCUAAGCCACUAAACCAAAACCAACCCUAAAUAUGUGUCUAAAAGCUCAACCACUGAAAUCUGAAGAGCGAAAUAUGUUGAUCUUCGUUGGACGAAUAAACACUUUCAUAACUUCAUGUUUUAGUGGUUGCAUAACUUCAUUACCUCUCGCGGGAUAGCCGCACGUCUCCUUUUUUUAAUUCAAAUGCAUGGUUGUUUCUUUAGUAAUCUAUUUUUUAAUCCUCCCUCUCUAGUCUUUCGUGUGUCUUAAUUUUUUUUAUCAGCUUUUUUUAUUUUAAAAAUAAAAAUCACCAAGUGGCAUCCAAAAUGUGCAAUCCAUACCAAAAAAUCAUACAAAGUAAAAAUAUAUAAUGUACAAACAAUAUAAUGAAAAUGAAAAAAUUUAAAAUAUGUGAUUUACAAAUCAGAAUAUAAAAGUUUACAAAUCAU